UGAUUUUUUUUUUUUUUUAAUCCUCUUUCUAGAACAAACGGUGCUUUGCCGAGCGCAAAUCUCCACGCCGUAAUUCCUUCGGUUCGGUGGGGGCCAGGCUGGAGUCGCGCACGGCGACGGCGUCACGCGGAGGGACGGGGGGGAGCAGAUUUGGGGUGUCACGGCGUCGGCGAUGCGAGGACGGACGGACAGCCCUGGCUGUAGGGUGACGCUCCCUUUCCCCUCGCUGGUUUGUCGGAUUUGCCUUUAUUAAUCCUGACUUUAACUGCGCUUUAGUUCUUGCCUAAAACUCGGCGGCGGCGGCUCCUUCCUGCCUGUUUUUUUGCGCGCUCGCGUGCGUAGCGGUGAGGUUUUAGCUUUCAGGAAUGAAGAACGCUCCGAGAUCGCGCGGCGUUCCUGUGUGGACGGGUGACAGAGCUGAGUCGGAAAAGGCAGAAAGCAUCAGGAUUUGUGAGUCAAAUAUUAAAAUCACGUUCGGAUCGGCCCAGUAGCCGAGCUGCGGCACCUUAAAAACACGAAGCGCGCCAGGAAAGGCGAUGGAUGCGGACGUAGACUUUGAAACGAAAACCUAAAGCCGUUUUAAAGUAACAGUUGAAGUAACACGAUUCCCCGUUCUCGGACCUGACAAACGACGCAAGUUUUAACGAGAUGGUUUUGUAAACGAUGGAAACAGAGACUGAGCUAGCGUCGUCCCGCUGCGAAAGCAGGACCCUCCGAGCACGAAUCCGCCCAGUCUCAAAAAUAAAUCAGAAACCGAAUCGGUGCCGUUUCGGCACACGAAACUUGUGGUGAAACUGCGUGGGGAGCGGCAGAGGUGCCGCUGCCCCUUUAAGGAUUAUUUUGUGAGCGGAGGGGGUCGAUACGAGACUUUAUUUGAAUAUUUCCGAGCCGAUGAUCUGGAGGGGAGCGAGACAGAAAAGCGCUGCCGGGCGGAGAAGCUGGAAGCCGGCAUGUGGCGCGUGGCCCCUCCGUCCCCGGCAUCGGCGCCCGGCCGGCAGCGAGCGUGCUGAGGCCGAAGAUGGGAGGAAAGUGUUCGAGCUCUCUGAGCGGGAGGCAACGCAGGUAUCUGAGAGGUCGCGCGGACGCCACCGUGAAGAACUUUGUGCCCUAUUACCGGAGGCAGCUGGCGACCGCUCUUCUGAGACGCGUCUCGGGGGAGCUGGACCCCCACGGCAAACCGGCCCCGCAGCUCCUGCCCAGCGAGCUCCCGGGGCCGCCCGACGCCGCUCUGCACGAUGGAUUGCUCUCCCAGUAUGACGGCGAUUCCCGUAGCUGGCAGGAGAAUUACUUCGUUCUGCUCGGAGAUUUUACCCUGCAGUGGUUCGAAAGCGAAGAGGCCCUGAGGACAGGCUGCCAGCCCAGAGGCUCCACCGUUCUCUCUGGCUACCGGCUGCUGUCUUCGCCGAGCGAAUACGCCGAAUCGCUCGCCGAUCUGUGCCGAGGGCUCGCGGGUGGCAGCCCCUUCGCCGAUCCGCCGGGAGAGUUUCUGUUUUUCCUCUACCAUCCUUUCCGGAGGCACUUCUGCUUCUGCGCAGCCUCGGCGGGAUCGCGACGGAUCUGGAGAGCCGCUCUCGGGGACGCCGUUCGCUACCGCAGUACGGAAUUACAGAGGAGGGAUUCCCUGGAAGCGGAAGCGUUCCUCCAAGCCGUGCGGUUUUACAGGCAAGAGAGAGGCCGCUACGGAGCGGGGGAUCUUCUCCUGGGGCCGGAACCCGAGAUCCUCGGAAACGUGCUGAUGGAGGAUUUGCUGCCGGUGCUGCGCGCUCAGGUGCUCCCGAGCAUCCGAGGCUCGGAGCGGAGGCGGCGGCAGCUCUGGCUCCAGUUUCUGCAGGAGGUUUAUACCCUGGUCCUCAGCGAAAUCUCCAGCGAAUUCCAAGGUUUUCAGAAGGAGAAGGAAAAACUACACCUCGAGCUGGAGAAGAAAAUUCGCCCCGACCUGGAUCAGAUGCUGACAUUGAAGGAUCAGAUCGCCGGCAAACUCCAAGCCGUGGUGCGGAUCCCGGCGGAGUCGUGGUGCAGCCGGGGCGUGGAGCCUCACCUGGACCGCGUGACGGAGGAACUCGCGCGUCCCGUCAGCUCGGGAGUCGAAGCCGUUCGCUCGCUCUUCGCCCAGAGGGUUGAUGAGAUGAUCGGGCUCGUCCGGAGCUCUCCGGUCGCCAUCCUGCGGAAGGAGCUCGUGACGCUGGGGAGAACGUCCUGGCAGCCCGACGUCAUGCACCCGUGCUACGAGGAGACCGACCCGUACCGAGAAAGCCUGCGAGAGCUCGAGGAGCGGUUCGGCUUCCGCGGCGCGACCGGCCUGGUCCUCGGCGCGCAGAACCUCAUGCAGCAACUGAUGCAGAACGCCACCCACACCUUCCAGCAGCUCGCACAGCAGCACCUCGCCCGGGCGCAGAGCCCCCGCCAGCUCGCCCGAACCCUGGCCAAAGUCAAAGAGCGGGUGCUGAAGAAAUUUGACUACGACAGCGCCUCCCUCCGGGAACGUUUCACUCGGGACUGGCUGAUCCGGAUUUUUCUCCCUUUUUUGUUGAAACAUUUGGAAUCCGGCUGUAAACUGGAGCUGCCGCGGUACGAGAGUUUCGUGUUCGCCGACUUCAGCGACAUCGUUAACCUGGAGAACGUUUACGAAGAGACGGUCCUGGCUGUGCUGCUGCGGGCCGUCGGCAAAGCCCUGGCCCGGGCAUCGCGCCGCGACGUGGCCCCCGGCCCCGGGGGGGGGAGCGACGAGGAGCCGCUCUACGAGGAGAUGGGCUGAGGCCGCGGCGGAACCGGACCCUGUCUGACCCCCCCCCCCCCGGUGUGUGACCCCCCCCCAGCCCCCCUGUGACACCCCCCACGGUGUGUGACCCCCCCCGGGGUGUUUAACCCCCCAGCCCCGGUGUGACCCCCCCCCCAAGGUGUGACCCCCCCCCGGGGUGUUUAACCCCACCCCCACGAUGUAACCCCCCCCUCCGG